CGACGUGGCCCCGCCCCCGGAAGCACGUUGAGCGGGCUUCCGGUCCUUCCUAAAGUGGCCUCUCCUAGAGGCUGAGUUGGUUCCAGGGAAAAUAAUUCCCCCCUUUUCUUUGGCCCCACGGAGGGGGAGGGGGAGAGGUAGGUAUGGGGGGGCUGGAGCUUUGGGAAGGGGGGCUACAAAGGGGGGAGGGGCCUGUCUGUCAGGCAAGGGGAGGGACUUUAUUAUUGCGGGGAGUGAGUAGGAAGGGGCUGAAUUGGGGGAGCAGAAUUGGGGGGACCCUGAAUGUUAAGACUGGGGUAGGUCUUCAAAGGUGGGCAGGGGGCAGGAUUUGGGGUGGGGGCUGCAGAUUGGGGGGUGAAUUUGGGGGUGGGGGGAGUCUUGAAUGGGGAGACUGAGGCAUGCCCUCAAAAGUGAGUGGGACAGACUGAACUUGGGGGUGUGUGGGGGGGCUACAAAGGUGGGAGGGGCCUGUGUCAGGCAAGGGGAGGGACUUUAUUGGGGGGGAGUGAGUAGGAAGGGGGUGAAUUCGGGGGGCUGAAUGUUAAGACUGGUGCAGGCCUUCAAAGGUGGGCAGGGGGCAGGAUUUGGGGUGGGGGCUGCAGAUUGGGGGUGAAUUUGGGGGUGGAGGGUCUUGAAUGGUGAGACUGGGAGAUCCCUUCAAAAGUGAGUGGGACAGACUGAACGUGGGGGUGGGCUACAAAGGGGGGAGAGGGGCCUGUCUGUCAGGCAAGGGGAGGGAUUUUAUUAUGGGGGGGUGAGUUGGAAGGGGCUGAAUUGGGGGGGCCCUGAAUGGUGAGACUGGUGCAGGCCUUCAAAGGUUGGUAGGGGGCAGGAUUUGGGGUGGGGGCUGCAGAUUGGGGGGUGAAUUUGGGGGUGGGGGUCUUGAAUGGUGAGACUGGUGCAGGCCUUCAAAAGUGAGUGGGACAGACUGAACUUGGGGGUUUGUGGGGGCUACAAAUUGUGGAGAGGGCUUGACUUGGGGGCCCCUUCUUUAAGAGGUGUAGGUUGUUGGGGAAAGACGUUGGCAUGCUAUCAAAAGCCAAAGGGGUUUAGAGAGAGGCCGGAUUUGAGAAGGGAUGGUGGACCACUGGGUGGGAGCGGGUGUCUCUUUUGGAGGCAUGGGUACUGGGGUGUUUGUGUGCGAAAGAGGGCGGCUGAAUGAGAGAGGGGUUGUGCAUCUUUCUUAGAGGGUGUAUUGCUGGGGCAAGAUGGUUGCAUCUGUUUAGGGCUAAAUGGCAUGUGGGGGUUAAGAGUAGGUGGAAUUGGGGGUUAGGUAGGAAAGGGCCAACCCAGGGGACCAUUACUCUUGUUGUUGUCGUUUAGUCGUGUCCGCCUCUUCGUGACCCCCUGGACCAGAGCAUGCCAGGCACUCCUGUCUUCCACUGCCUCCCGCAUUUUGGUCAAACUCAUGUUAGCUUCGAGAACACUGUCCCACCAUCUUGUCCUCUGCCGUCCCCUUCUCCUUGUGCCCUCCAUCUUUCCCAGCAUCAGGGUCUUUUCCAGGGAGUCUUCUCUUCUCAGGAGGUGGCCAAAGUAUUGGAGCCUCAGCUUCAGGAUCUGUCCUUCCAGUGAGCACUCAGGGCUGAUUUCCUUAAGAAUGGAGAGGUUGGAUCUUCUUGCAGUCCAUGGGACUCUCAAGAGUCUCCUCCAGCACCAGAAUUCAAAAGCAUCCAUUCUCCGGCGAUCAGCCUUCUUGAUGGUCCAGCUCUCACUUCCAUACAUCACUACUGGGAAAACCAUAGCUUUAACUAUACGGACCUUUGUUGGCAAGGUGAUGUCUCUGCUUUUUAGGAUGCUGUCUAGGUUUGUCAUUGCUUUUCUCCCAGGAAGCAGGCGUCUUUUAAAUUUGUGACUUUUAAUUUUGAUACUCUUAGAGCAGAGGAACUUCCCAGGUAGGAAAGCUUCCUGCAUCAGAAUGUGAAUAGCUGGAAGAGACAUGGAGCUUGAAUGUGGAGAAUACUUGGAUCCCUUAGUGGGGGGGCAAGAGUGUGAGCUGUUCCAAAGGGAUGUGAUCCCCUAAAGAGAACAGGGGGUUGUGUUUGAGGGAUACAUGGGUCUAUUAAUGUCAUUAAUAUUUUCCAGGAUAAGCGUUCUAUGUAGGUAAUUGUUUUAAAUAUUUUCUGGUUUUAAACUUCAGUUAUUUGGGAACAUAAGAAGGCCUUUGACCCAUCUAGUCCAGCAUCCUGUUCUCACAGUGUCCAACCAGAUGCCUGUGGGAAACCAGGAAGCCCGUUUCCUCUUCAGUGGUUUCCCGCAAAUUGUAUUCAGAAGCAUUUCUGCCUCCGACUGGUGGUAGAGCACAGCCGUCAUGGCUAGUAGCCAUUGAUAGACCUCUCUUCCUCCGCAAAUUUGCCCAGUCCUCUUUUUUUAAAUCCAUCCAGGUUGGUGGGAAUUAUUAUCUCCUGUGAAAAGAAAGGACUUUUUCACAAAGAGAAACUAUGGAAUUUGAUUCCACAAGAGGUAAUAAUAAUAAUAAUACUACAGUGGUACCUUGGGUUACAUACGCUUCAGGUUACAUACGCUUUAGCGUACAGACUCCGCUAACCCAGAAAUAUUACCUCGGGUUAAGAACUUUGCUUCAGGAUGAGAACAGAAAUUGUGCUCCUGCGGCGCAGCCGCAGCGGGAGGCCCCAUUAGCUAAAGUGGUGCUUCACGUUAAGAACAGUUUCAGGUUAAGAACAGAUCUCCAGAACGAAUUAAGUCCUUAACCCGAGGUACCACUGUAAUAAUAAUUUAUUAUUUAUACCCUGCCCAUCUGGCUGGGUUUCCCCAGCCACUCUGGGCGGCUUCCAACAAAAUAUUAAAAUACAAUGGUCUGUUAAACAUUAAAAGCUUCCCUAAACAGGGCUGCCUUCAGAUGUCUUCUAAAAGUCUGCUAGUUGUUUUUCUCUUUGACAUCUGGUGGGAGGGUGUUCCACAGGGUGGGUGCCACUACUGAGAAGGCCUUCAGCCUGGUUCCCUGUAAGUUCGCUUCUCGCAGUGAGGGAACCGCCAGAAGGCCCUCAGUGCUGGACCUCAGUGUCCGGGCAGAACGAUGGGGGUGGAGAUGCUCCUUCAGGUAUAAAUAAAUAAAUAUGUUAAAGCUAUGUUAAACAGACAAUGGAGAAUGCUAUGGAAAGCGAUUUUGUUCCCCAACUGUGAAGAAGCACACAAGGAGUGAUGACUGCCAGCUUGGAUGGCUUGAAAAGUGAAUGGGACAAAUUCAUGCCGAAUAAGGUUAUCCGUAGCUACUAGCUACAGCGGCUGUGCUUCACUCCAUUGUCGCAGGCAGUAUGCUUCUGAAUACCAGUGGUUGGGAAUUGCAAGUGGGGAGAGUGUUCUUGUCCUAAGGCUCUGCUUGCUGGGUUCCCAGAGGAAUUACCGUAUUUUUUGCUCUAUAAGAUUCACUUUUUCCCUCCUAAAAGUAAGGGGAAAUGUGUGUUCGUCUUAUGGAGCGAAUGCAGGCUGCGCAGCUAUCCCAGAAGCCAGAAGAGCAAGAGGGAUCGCUGCUUUCACUGCGCAGCGAUCCCUCUUGCUGUUCUGGCUUCUGAUAUUCAGAAUAUUUUUUUUCUUGUUUUCCUCCUCCAAAAACUAGGUGUGUCUUGUGGCCUGGUGCGUCUUAUAGAGCGAAAAAUACGGUAAGUUGGCUGCUGUGCGAAUAGGAUGCUGGACUUGCUGGGGUUUUGUCCUGGUCCAGCAGCCUGGCUCUUCUGACAUUCUCACUGCCUGAUUGGGUCAGGAGAGGAGAUACAACAUACACACACAGAAGCUUCACAUAGCCUGAUGCCAGCAGGUUGAGUUACAGUAGUUUGGUUUGUGAUGGCUUUACAUACCGUUCGAAAUAAGUCAAUGAGAUUCCAUUUGGCCUGGUUUCAUUGUGUAUGGCUGGUUUAUAGUUCAUAAACGCCUUCAGGAGGCACCAUUUGCCCGAGAAGCAACCUAUAUGAGUUUAUUAGAUAUAAACAUACAUGCUUUUCUCUUCAGAUGGUUGGCAGUGUUUUAAACUGAAUGCUUCUGGGAACAAUGUAGGGAAGAGGAGGGGAAGGGCUGAACAAUGUUUUGGGUGCCCACGUCUGAACGCUUCCUUCUUUCGCACAACCUCAGUUUCUGCCAUGAUGGCAGAGUCCCCAGAGAUGGAGCUGCAGCGAGAGGUCUUGGAGGAGCUCGGGAUCUCCCUGGAGGAUCUCAAGCAGCUGAUCGACGAGGAGCUGGAGAAGUCGGAGCGCAUCGCGCAGCGGAAGAAGCAGCUGGAGGGCGUGGCGGAGACCGUGAAGCAGAAGGAGGAUGAAGUGGCCCGUGUGGACAUUCUCCUGGACAACGCUGUGAAGUAAGUUGCAAGCCGGGGUGUGGAGGCGUGAAAGCGUCCCCCCAUUUUAGGUUUGGUUCGAUUGCUACAAAAUGUUUGCAUUUCCUGUGUAAAGCUUCUGCAGGUGAAUACUUGACCCUCCUGUAUAGGACAGUCUCUGAAGCAGGAAUGGCUAACAUCUGGCCCGCCAGAUGUUGCUCAGUUGCAGCUCCCAGCAUUCCUGACUUUUGGCCAUGCUGAGGGGAGCUGGAGUCCCAUUUUCUCCCCCCAUUUUAUGCUCAUCGUUUUCUUGAGUUUUUGUUUCCUAUUGUGCCCUGUAUCCAGGGCAGCUGUUUAUCAGUUCCAUCUGGUACGUAGGCUGAGACCCUAUCUGCCCGCAGACUGUCUCGCCAGAGUGGCGCUUGCUCUGGUUAUCUCCCGCUUGGACUACUGCAAUGCGCUCUAUGUGGGGCUACCCUUGAAGGUGACCCGGAAACUACAGCUAAUCUAGAAUGCGGCAGCUAGACUGGUGACGGCUGCCGAGACCACAUAACACCGGUCUUGAAAGACCUACAUUGGCUCCCAGGACGUUUCCGAGCACAAUUCAAAGUGUUGGUGUUCACCUUGAAAGCCCUAAACGGCCUCGGUCCAGUAGACCUGAAGGAGCGUCUUCACCCCCAUCAUUCUGCCUGGACACUGAGGUCCAGCGCCAAGGGCCUUCUGGCGGUUCCCUCACUGUGAGAAGCCAAGUUACAAGGAACCAGGCAGAGGGCCUUCUCGGUGAUGGCACCCGCCCUGUGGAACGCCCUCCCACCAGAUGUCAAAGAGAACAACAACUACCAGACUUUUAGAAGACAUCUGAAGGCAGCCUUGUUUAGGGAAGCUUUUAAUGUUUGAUGUAUUACAGUAUUUUAAUAUUUUUUUGGAAGCCGCCCAGAGUGGCUGGAGAAGCCCAGCCAGAUGGGCGGGGUAUAAAUAAUAAAUAAUAAUAAUAAUAAUAAUUGUUAUUUUGCUCUGUUGCCAAUGUUUUCUUAACUUAGUUUUCAGGCAAGGGUGUUGUUUUGUUGGAGGUCAUUUGGCUGGAGCAUGGGGCUGAUAACGCCAAGGUUGCAGGCCUGAUCUCCAUAAUGGACAGCAGCAUAUUCCUGUAUUGCAGGGUUUUGGAUCAGACGAUCCCCAGGUCCCUUCCACCGCUAUGAUUCUGUGGUGCCUUUUUGAUCAUAGUUGGAGUGUUAGUUUUAAGUGUGUGGCAGGCCGCCUUGAGGGCAUCUUGGUUUGGAGUAAAGUAGAGGGUCAGAAAACCUCCACAAACCUAAAACAUUUGUGAGAGAAGGUUCUGUGUUUCCUUGACAAGCUGGUUCUCCCGUAAUAGCUUAUUUGUUUGUUUAUUGAAUUUAUAUCUCACCUUGAGGUGGAGUACAUAGUUUUCCCCCAUCUCAUUGAAUCCCCUCAGCAACCCUGCAAGGUAGUUACAGGUAGGUAGCCAUGUUGGUCUGCCAUAGUCGAAACAAAAUUUAAAAAUUCCUUCCAGUAGCACCUUAGAGACCAACUAAGUUUGUUAUUGGUAUGAGAUUUUGUGUGCAUGCACAUUUUUUCAGAUACACUGAAAAAGAAGUCACCAGACCCUUAUAUAUAGUGAGAAGGUGGGGAGGGGUAUUACUCAGAAGGGUGGUGGGAAUGGGUGAUUGGCUGAUAGGUGUGGUAAACCUGUUGACGACUGUUAACAACUGCAGUUGGUCGUCUUCUUCUUUGGCGAUCCCUCAUAGCCGAGUAAGAUUGUCUUCCAUUAACUCGGUUUUAACCGUGAGUCCGUAAGUGACUGUGGAGGCCAAUUCUGGAUCCACACAUCCUUCCACAGUGGGGACAUUGGUUUCCGGGCAGGAGCUGAUCAUGGUGUGGAUUUGCCAAGCGUGCCUUCCUCCUAGCACGUGCUAGAAUUGGUCUUACAGGAAAAAGCAAGGGGUGAGAUGGCUAAAAAUAGCUUUAUCAUGUAUCCUGUAAGGUAGGUUGGGCUGAGAGGCAGUGACUCACCCCAGAUCACAUCCAGUGAGCUUCAUGGCUGAGUGAGGAUUCGAACCCUCGUCUUGCAAACUAUAGUCUGAUACUCCAACACACCAAUUUCUCCGGUGUGGUAUAGUGGUUAAGAGCAGUAGACUCGUAAUCUGGGGAACCGGGUUCGCAUCUACGCUCCUCCACAUGCAGCUGCUGGGUGACCUUGGGCCAGUCACACUUCUCUGACUUCUCUCAGCCCCACUCACCUCACAGAGUGUUUGUUGUGGGGGAGGAAGGAGAAUGUUAGCCGCUUUGAGACUCCUUAGGGUAGUGAUAAAGCGGGAUAUCCAAUCCAAUUCUUCUUCCUCCCUCUCUCUCUCUCUCUCUGCUUGCUCCCCCAACAGGGCUGUGGGUGAAUGUGAAGUUCUAGUCAAGGACAUAUAUGCCAACCUGGGCCUGGAGUAUCUGGAGACUGACUCGGAGGAAGAGGAUGCUGCUUCCAAGCCCAUGGAAGUCAUCGAGAUCCCUGAUGAGGACGACGACGAUGACGUCAUGAGCAUCGAUUCAGGUUAGGCGCCUGGUGGAGUCAAGCAAGAAAGACCAGGUGUGGGGGAUCUUUGGUCCUCCAACUGUUGCUGAACUACUGACGCUCAUUAGCCCUAGCUAUGCUUGGAAGGCUAAGGAUGAUGGGAGUUGUAGUUCAGCGGCAUCUGGAGGACCCAAGGCUCUGAGAUGUCUCCUGAUGUCUUAUAUGCAUAUAGAAGUGAGGGGCAGGUGGAGUACGCCAACCUGGGAAGGUAGCCCAUCUAGGAGAAAGAAAACUCUGAUCCUAAACCUCUGCUGUCUUGCGGGAUAUCUUUGGGAGAAGAAAAGACUAAGGUGUAAACCCUACACAAGUCCAGAGACAGUAGGACGGCACCUUGUGCGCCUCCUCCUGGCAACUCCUGCAGCCAAGCUGGUGCCAAACGUAUUGCUCUGCUUUCUUUUGGACCCCAUGAGCGAGGCUGAGGAGGGGGGGCUUGUCAUCUGAGCAGCCCAGGACCUCCUGAGACAUUGCCCCGGGGCUUAGGUGCUGCUAAUGUAGCGGUUUGACUUCACCCACAAAGGCACACUCCACUGUCUCUUGAUGCAACAAUAUAUGCAUAGAUAAACAAAGCAUUUUUAGUUCACUAUUCAGCCGAAAAAGGCUCCCAGAGCAGCUUGCAACAAUUGGUAAAAAGACAUCCUCUGCCCCAAGGCUUACAAUGUACCGUAUUUUUUCGCCCUAUAGGACGCACCGGCCCAUAGGACGCACCUAAUUUUUUUGGGGGGGGAAUAAAGGGGAAAAAAAUAUUUCCCCCCCAGGCGCGGGGCUGGGACGGGGGAAGCCCGAGCUUCCCCCGACCCCAGCCCCCAGAACAUGCAGCUCUCCGCAAGCCGUAGGAGCCCAGCGCCGGGCUCCCAUGGCUGAAGCUAAGCCUGGGCGCGCUGCGCCUCCCCGCUGUCCCCCCAGCUUGAAGGGCUGGCGGGGGGGAGAAGCAGGCUUCUCCCCGCCGCCAGCCUCCAAAGUACGUCGGGAGACAGCAGGAUGGAGGCGUUCCGUCUCCCCGCUGUCCCCCGAGCUUGUGGGGCUGGCGGUGGGGCUCUCCUGAAGCCUGGAGAGCGAGAGGGGUCGGUGCGCACCGACUCCUCUCGCUCUCCAGGCUUCAGCGAAAGCUUGCAUUCACCCCAUAGGACGCACACACAUUUCCCCUUCAUUUUUGGAGGGGAAAAAGUGCGUCCUAUAGGGCGAAAAAUACGGUAAAUAACACAUCACUAAAGGGAAAUGGAAUGGGGAGGGUGGAGGACGUAUACAGAACAAUCGGGUGCGUAUUCCCCCUCACACACAAUACAGUGGUACCUCGGGUUACAGAUGCUUCAGGUUACAGACGCUUCAGGUUACAAACUCCUGUAACCCAGAAAUAGUACCUCGGGUUCAGAACUUUGCUUCAGGAUGAGAACAGAAACCGCGUGGUGGUAGCGGGAGGCCUCAUUAGCUAAAGUGGUACCUCGGGUUAAGAACAGUUUCAGGUUAAGACCUCCGGAACAAAUUAAGUUCUUAACCCGAGGUACAACUGUAAUUGAUUAUAACUCAUCUGAAACGGGUGGCAGGCUUAUAGAUACUUCCUAGAAGUAAGGGGUUUUUUUACAUCUAAACUUUUUUUUUAAUUACAGCAGAUGCAAGUAACAAAAUGGCAAAGGAUCAGAAAUUGGUGAGUUUUUUGGGUGGUGGGAAAUUACUUGAGUAUCAAGAUCUUAUAGAUAAAUGUUUUCCUUCAUCCUGCCCAGCUUCAGCAGGUGCCCUCAGGGCCUGGAGCCCCAGCCCUGGGAACAGAAGGUUUCAGCACCCCUUUGUUCAAGAGAGAGGCAUGUGCGAAGGGGAGGUGUCUGGGUCUGAUGACUGGUUGAACCUUACUGUGCUGAUUUCCACCAGCUUGCACUCCUUGCCACUGCGUGCUUUUCCAUUUGCUGCCUGGGAGCAGGGAAAAUUAGCUGGGUGGCUGGGGAAAUUGCCAGGGGAAGGGGGGGUCACCUUGAACAUGAGCAGCAAGCUAUGUCUGUGACUAUGCCACAUUUCAAGGGCAUUGCUGGCUCAGUUGAUUAGAGCAGGAUGCUGAUAAUGCCAAGGUUGCGGGUUUGGUCCUUGUAGGAGAUAGCUGUGUAUUCCUGCAUUGCAAGGGGUUGGACUAGAUCAGAGCUUUCCAGACUUCUCAAGUUGGUAGCACACUUUUUGGACAUGCGUCAUUCUGUGACACAGUAAUUCAGGUUUGCACCCUUUUGCGACACGGCACCGUAUUUUUCGUUCUAUAAGACGCACCAGACCACAAGACACACCUAGUUUUUGGAGGAGGAAAGCAAGAAAAAAAAUAUUCUGAAACUCAGAAGCCAGAACAGCAAGAGGGAUCGCUGCGCAGUGAAAGCAGCAAUCCCUCUUGCCGUUCUGGCUUCUGUGAUAGCCGCGCAGCCUGCAUUCGCUCCAUAAGACGCACACACAUUUCCCCUUACUUUUUAGGAGGGGAAAAGUGAGUCUUAUAGAGCAAAAAAUACGGUAAUUCAGUUUUGCAUUUUCGUGACACAGUGAUUCAGUUUUACUAGCAAACUGGAGGUUAAACCGAGCCUUUCCAGCCCCAGGAGAAGUGCAGGGAGUGUUCGUGUGACACGCAUGCACACUGCAGCCAACAUACUUAACAUGUCGUGACACACAGUUUGGAAAGCUCUGGAUUAGAUGAAUCUCAGGCUCCCCUUCCAGCUCCACAAUUCCAUGUUUCUAUGACUCCCAAGAGCACCGUCCGCUUCAGCUCUGCUAGUCCAAAAAGGGCCCUCCUGUUCUCCCUCUAUGGCCAACCAUCCAGAUGGCAUGGCGGGCCGAGAGAAGCUCACCUCUUGGUGUUCCGGGUUCGAGUCCUGUGCUCGUUUUGUGAUCCCGGAAAAAAAUUAAAAAGGAGGUAAUUAAGAGAUGCCUGUCCCUUCUGUUUGCAGCUUCGGGAAGCCAUGGCUGCCAUGAGGAAGUCUGCGCAGGAUGUUCAGAAAUUCAUGGACGCUGUGAACAAAAAGGACGGCCUGGACUCUUACAGGGGUAGUUGUGCGCGAAAAAAUAUCAGUGGUCCAAUAUGUGAGCUGGCUUCAGCCUUGCAGCCCGCCUGCUAACAUUUUUCAGGGCUAUAUUUUUAUCUGUGUACACUGGGGGGGGGUCAGUCCUCUGGAGUCCACUUGCCAGUGUGUGUGUGUGGCUAAAGGGAACCUUGCGAUUGGUUUGCAUCCAUGGCAUAUACUGGCCAGAAGAUUUGAUUCAGAUCCUGAUUUGGCUUUGGGGGGGGGGCUCCUCAGUCUGGGACACUUCGUAGGCUGCAGGGUUACUGUUAUUGUUAUUGAUUGAAUUUAUAUACCGCCCUAUACCCAGGGGUCUCAGGGCGGUUCACAGAAUAAAAUCAAGAUACAAAACCACAUAAUAUAAUACAGCUCUGCUUACGAUUGGUGACAUGAAUCCAAAUUCACGAGGAAUGUUGCAUAGAAGAACUGCCAAUCUGGGUAUAAAACAGCAGCAUUUUUUUUAGUAAACAAUAAUGGGGUACAACCAGAAAUGCUCAAGCAGUUUAUUGUCAAGUUCCUGGCAGUAACUUCUCUCUCUCUCUCUCGCAAUCUGCCUUCAACUUUCUUAUCUUUGGCCAGAAGUGGAGCAAGGUCAUCCCUCCAGAGAGCACUGAAUGAAGCCUGAGAAAUUUCAGAGGGAUAGCUGCAGAGACAAGGGUAGACAUAAUAAUUUUGAAGAAGCAGUCACUUAACAUUCUCUAGUGUUCUGUCGGCAGUUCUGUGAGCAUGAACAAGAUGCUUCUGGGUGAGGACCUGCAAAAUUGCAAAUACAGUCGUACCUUGGAACCUGUGCACCUUGCGAGUCGAACGUUUUGGCUCCUGAACGCUGCAAACCCGGAAGUGAGUGUUCUGGUUUGCGAACGUUCUUUGGAACCCGAAUGUCCGACACAGCUUCUGAUUGGCUGCAGGAGCUUCCUUCAGCCAAUCGGAAGCCGCUCUUUGGUUUCUGAACGUUUUGGAAGUCAAAGGGACUUCCGGAACGGAUUCCACUUGACUUCCAAGGUACCACUGUAGAUCCUGUAGAGGCUUUUUGACCCUGAUCCACACUAUCGCAGAGCAGACCUCCAGGUCGUGUGGCAGAGCAUCCCAUAAUGACAGCAGUGACGGAUCUGGAGCACGAGGGUCUAAAGGAAACGGUUCUCAUGUAUCCUUCCCCCUCUGCCUGUUUGCAGGAUCGCAGCAGGUGAGUCCUGGCUGCGAGCUCACCCAUGAUGGAGACCUGUCCGUCGGAGACCGCGUCCUGGGGAAGAAGCGGACAAAGACCUGGCACAAGGGCACCCUGAUCGCCAUCCAGACUGUGGGUGAGUGCGGCAGCCUGCUGCCCAAAGAAUCGCACUGUUUUAUUUACUUAGAGCUUGCCACUCAAGUGCACUCGCCACUAAGCGAUGUGCGAGGAUGUGCUGCAGAAACAGAAAUCGGUAACACCAGAAUUCAGUUAAAAUGUUUCCUGGGAUAUAUUAGGAAGGUCUUCAGUAGGCACCGAAAGUUCAGCAGGGAGAGUGGGCCUGCCUGAUCUCAGCUGGAAUAUAUACCGUAUUUUUCGCUCUAUAGGAUGCACUUUUUCCCCUCCAGAAAUUAAGGGGAAAUGUGUGUGCGUCCUAUGGAGCGAAUGCAGGCUCCUUGGCUUCAGCGAUAGCCGCCUGGAGUGCUCGGGUUCCUUUGGCUGAAGCUGGGAGAGCAAGACUCUCCUGGCUUCAGCAGAGAGGGAGAGCUGCGCAGCGCCCCUUCAGCCAAGCGGGAGGAGAAAUGGAAGGGGCUCCGUUUCUCCUGCUGCUUCGCUGAAGGGGCGCUGAGCAGAGAGGGGGAGAAUUUUUUUUCUUGUUCUCCCCCUCUAAAACAAGGUGCGUCCUAUGGUUGGGUGUGUCCUAUAGAGCGGAAAAUACGGUAACUACAGGUGAGGCGGGCAGGUGUUGGUGAGGCUUGCCUGAGACGGUGUUUGGGGGCACUGCUGAUCAGCUGACUGUCGGAUCUGCAGAAGCUCCUCUCUUCAAAACGCAGGGCGAAACAGCAAUUGGAGAGGGUGUUCUGAAAACCGUUAAGGUGGCAAACAAAAAAAGGCCAGAUGAUUGACAGGUGGGUGGCUCUGCCCAGCUGUCAGGAUUGACCAAGGAUUGGCAGGACAAGCGCUGCUACGGGAACCACAUAAUGCCCUUCUGCAAUCUCGAUCUUUUUAGGGCAGCAGCAACUAUACUUUGGAACGCCCAGCCUUUUGAUGCUUUCUAUCUACUCUCUUCAGCAAGCAUCCUUGUUUAGACAAGCCUAGCCUGAAGUUUGGGAUGCGGGUGGCGCUGUGGGUUAAACCACAGAGCCUAGGGCUUGCCAAUCAGAAGGUCGGUGGUUCAAAUCCCCGCGACGGGGUGAGCUCAUGUUCCUCAGUCCCAGCUCCUGCCAACCUAGCAGUUCGAAAGCACGUCAAAGUUCCAGUAGAUAAAUAGGUACCACUCCGGUGGGAAGGUAAAUGGCGUUUCCGUGCGCUGCUCUGGUUCGCCAGAAGCGGCUUAGUCAUGCUGGCCACACGACCCGGAAGCUGUACACCAUCUCCCUCGGCCAGUAAAGCGAGAUGAGCGCCGCAACCCCAGAGUUGGCCACAACUGGACCUAAUGGUCAGGGGUCCCUUUACCUUUACCUUUUUAUCUACUCUCUUCAGCGAGCAUCCUUGUUUAGACAAGCCUACCCAGAAGUUUAGAAAUCUGAUGUGCACGUUUUAAUCUGUUUUUAGUCUUUUUGGAAGUCUUUAAUUAUCGCUGUUAACUUUUCUUAUUGCUAAUCCCAUGCCAUCUGUUUUUGUAAACGGCUUUGAGGUUGCAUUUUUAAAUAACCGAGAGCUGUUAUUUAAUAAGAAAUAAGGAAAGAAGCGAGGGGUUUGGGGGGAAGAGAGCCAUCUAGGGGUCUGUCUACUUGAAUAGCAAAGGAUCUUGCGCCCCCCAAUAACUGCCACAUCACUUCUAAUACUCUUGCCCCACAAAAAAGCUUAGGUUAAAAAUUGACCCCUAUUUGUAAUGACCGGCUGGAAUGGAAAAAAGUUGGGAGCUGCACGGUCAGGGGAAAAACAAUGCUGUCCAGGAUUGUAAAGACUGCAGAGAGAAUAAUUGGGUGCACUCUUCCCACCUUGGAUCAAAUCUAUGCUUCCAGGUGUCAUAAGAAAGCUGCAGAGAUAGCGCAGGAUAGUGCGCACCCCAGAAAUGAUCCCUUUCAGCUUCUGCCUUCUGGAAGAAGGUACAGGGUUAUAAAGACCAGGACUAGCCGCCUGAGAAACAGUUUCUACCCAAAUGCAAUUCUGGUUUUAAACGCAGUAUAAGGGGUCUCUAUAGGAGUACUGUAUAUUGUAUUUUAAAAUGGGGUUUCAGAGUUUUUAGGGGUUUCAGAGUUUUUAUGUAGAUUUUUCAAUUUCAUUGUUCUGUGUGGGAUAAUGACAAUAAAGAUACCAUAUUGUAAAGUUGCGAGCCAGGGUCGCCCCAUUUUUCAGCCACCGCCCCUCCCCUUUCGCCCUCUCCCAGGCCCUGGGAAGAAAUACAAGGUGAAGUUCGACAACAAAGGGAAGAGCCUUCUCUCGGGGAACCACAUCGCCUACGACUACCAUCCUUCGGCCGACAAGCUCCAUGUCGGGAGCCGGGUGGUGGCUAAGUACAAGGACGGCAACCAGAUGUGGCUCUACGCGGGGAUCGUGGCCGAGACACCCAACGUCAAGAACAAGAUGAGGUCUGAGGGGUGGGCGCGUCAGAGCGGGUUACCUUUUCCUUUUUAUUGUCAAGAAACCAUUGCAGUUCUUUCCCGGCCAGUUAACACAUGAAUGUGCAUCAUUGCUUCGGAUAUACAGUGGUACCUCGGGAUGCGAACGGGAUCCGUUCCGGAGCCCUGUUCGCAUCCCGAAGCAAACGUAACCCGUGUCUGCGCGUGCGCGGGUCACAUUUCGGCGCUUCUGCGCAUGCGCGUGACGUCAUUUUGACGGUUGUGCAUGCGCGCGCGGCGAAACCCGGAAGUAAUGCGCUCUGUUACUUCCGGGUCGCUGCGGAGCGCAACCUGAAAAUGCUUAACCCGAAGCGUAUUCAUCCCGAGGUUUGACUGUAUUCAUUUAGAGAAGCAGGACCAAAGCGGGAGACAGGCUAGCAACAGCGGAGAACUUUUUCCUUUAAGCCCAAGGGCCACAUUCCCCUCUGGGCAGUUUUGUGGGGGCCGCAUGGCAGGGCAUUGGGAGGGGACAGAGGCAACUGCAGAAAACAUCUUUGUUCAGGCCAGCCUCUCCAGACACGUAAAAGUUCUCAGUUGUUUUUUUUAAAGUUUGCUGUUGAAUGUUUCGGUGACUGGCUUUUAACUGAAUUUUUAUUGUUGAUUUUUAAUCCCCUACUUUGCCUUAUUUUUGCGUAAAAAACAGCUCUGAGGUUUCAUUACAGUCAAGUGGAAUGUAGAUUUUCAUUAGUAGGCAGACCAAUGUAAAUAAGUGGGCGGAGCAAUGUAUCUCCAAUUUUACUUUUUUUGCACGAUAGACUAGUUCCUACACUUUGAAACUCCCUGCCGGUUGACAGCAGGCAGGCGCUUUCCUUGUGCUCCUUUUCGGCGCCUGCUAAAAACAUGUUUGUUCAGACAAGCCAGCCCUGAUGUUUAGAAAGUUUGAUGCAAGUUUUAACCCGUUUUCAGUCUUAAAUGAUUGCUGUUAAUUUUCCUUACUGAAAAUUUUUAUUGCUUUAUCUCUUUUGCAAACCACUUCGAGAUUUGCUUGAUUUUUACAGUCAAGCAGUCUAAAAAAAAUUAUGAAAUAAAUGAAAUAGAUAAUACAGUCGUACCUUGGUUCUCAGACAGAAUCCGUUCGACUUCUGGAAAAGUUCAAAAACCAAUGCGCGGCUUCCGAUUGGCUGCAGGAAGCUUCCUGCAGCCAAUCAGAAGCUGUGUCGGACAUUCGGGUUCCAAAGAACGUUCGCGAACUGGAACACUCACUUCCAGGUUUGCGGCGUUCAGGAGCCAAAACGUCUGAGUCACAAGGCGUUCGAAAACCAAGGUAAGACUGUACACACUCACACACCUUCUGGCCUGCAUCCAGAGAAGCGAGCGACACAGACUUCAAGGACACAUUUCCAGGCAGGCAGAAUUACUUGGAGAGUGGAAUCAGGCCUAGGGAGAUUCUGCAAGGAACAGAGACAUAGCUGUCAACUUACAGAUUUGAAAAUAAGGGAGCAGCUGCCUCGAAAAUAAGGGAUCAGCAGCCAAAAUAAGGGAUCAACAAUUAAUUUGGAAAAAUACAUAUUUUGUUGCAUGCAAAUGGCUUUAGAUACCUAUUAGGUCCAUAAAUCACCAUAUAGCAUCUAUUCAACACAAAAAAACAGCAACAAUUUUUUGUUGACAAAGGACAGCUGGACAUAGAAAGGGCCCCAUUACCUUCAGUAGCUUAUUUAAGGGACAUCAUCAAUAAGGGACAGCAGCGGGCCAUGGCGCUGGGAUAAGGGACUGUCCCGCCAAAUAAGGGACACUUGACAGCUAUGAACAGAGAGAGAAGCUAAGCUAGGGUUGGGCUAGGCGUUAAUGUGCAAAUGGGAACCCCUGUCACUCACCCUAACCUUGUGAAGUGGGCAGACGUUCACUCUGGAUUGCCAGGGGUAGAUCUCCCAGGGGGUUUGUCUUAACUUGCAUAGCAGUAUGGGUGUGUGGUUUUUUUGGUUAUGGAAGGAUUUGCGAGCACCCUGUUCCCCUAACACUUAUUUCUUUCCAAAAAUGCAUCUAUCACUUGACUGUAAACAAAAAAACAAAACCAGCAACAGCAAAAUACUUGGACGUGGUUUGCAAAAGGGAAUAAAACAAUGAAAUGACCAGUAAGAGAAAAAUGGAUGAAGACAACUGUUUAAAGCAUUAAAGAAAAGAGAUUGUGCUAGAAUCCUUGGGACUGAGUCCUGCCGUUUAACUGGGCUCUGCCUUCCCUCCCUCCCAGGUUCCUCAUCUUCUUUGAUGAUGGUUACGCCUCCUACGUCGUCCAGCCAGAGCUCUACCUGAUCUGCAGGCCUCGUGAGUUUGCUUGUUUCAGUCCGAUCGUUCAUUUAUCUAAACGGGUAUCUCUUCUGCCUUCUGAGGGUGUGAGGCUUUCCUCUUCUUUUUACAAAAACCGUGUGUGUAGAGGGAGAUGGCAGUUAACUGAAACAGCAGCAUUACAGUAAGGGAAAGACGGUAGCAGCUUUGCAUCCCUAAGGUUUGCUAGGCAGCUCAAAGCGCCUUACAACUGUUUAAGCAAAAAAACAAGCACAUACACUAAAACCAGCAUUAUUUUAUAUAUGUGUGUGUGUGUGUGUAUGUGUGUGUAUAUAUAUGUGUAUAUAGAUAUAGAUAUAGAUAUAUACACACAUACACACACAUAUAUGUACGUAUGCAUAAAUGUAUAUGUAUAUAUAUGUGUGUGUGUAUAAAUAUUGUAUGUAUAUGUAUACGUAUCCACCCAUACAGUGUUUUUUGUUCAGGGGGAGAACGCAGGGGGAUGCAGACCCCUAAACAUUUUGUGAAUCUUAAAUUUGGCCUCAUUGAGGGGCAGUAUUUCAAUAUGAAUAGGAAAAUGAGAGUACCCCUAAACAUUUUUUUAGAAAAAAGGCACUGCACCCAUAUAUAUACAGUGAUGCCUCGGUUGUCGAACAUAAUCUGUUCCGGAAGACUGUUGACUUCCUAAACAUUUGACAACCAAGGCGCAAAGGGCAGUCAGCAAUUUCAAUUGAGAAAAUUGGAAAACAUGCAGCGGAAGCAUUUACUUCUGGGUUUUCGGCAUUCGAAAACCGAAACGUUCAGCUUCCAAGAUGCUCGAAAACCAAAGUACCACCGUGUGUGUGUGUGUGUGUGUGUGUCAUCAUUCCUAGCAGGAUCACUGGUGAGGGAUAAAAGGAAUUGUAGUCCAAAAAGGUCUGGGGAACCGAGUUUGGGAAACCUUGCCAUAUAGAUAAUGAAAAGCCAAAGGCCUGAUGAAAAAGGAGUGUUUUUUUGCCACAUGCAAUGAUGGUGCCAGGCGAGCGCCUCCUUUUAUAAGUUGCUUUGUGUGGAUAAUAAAGCUGGAAAGGCAAGAGAAGCAUUUUGAAAAGUGUUCUGUGCAGGAAAAAAUCCUUUUUUUUUUUAAUUCUUUCCUUUUAAAAAAAAAAGCAAUCCGUGUGUUUUCCUUCCACCAGUCAAGAAGUCGUGGGAGGACAUAGAAGACAUCUCGUGCCGGGAUUUCAUUGAGGAGUACGUCACGGCGUACCCGAACCGGCCGAUGGUCUUGCUCAAGAGCGGCCAGCUGAUCAAAACCGAGUGGGAGGGGACCUGGUGGAAGUCCCGCGUGGAGGAAGUGGACGGGAGCCUGGUCAAAAUCCUCUUCCUGGUAGGAUCCGCUAAGGUAUCGCUCACCCUUCCUUGCCUGCUUUGGAUUAUCUCUCUGUCGGAAUACAACGAGGGUCCGCUGCCCUUUCCGCGUCUUCCCCAGGACGCGAGAUUCGUUGCGCCUUCUCCCCUACAGGACAGGGGGGUAGACAGCAGCAGGAGCCCAGCGAUUGCAAGAGACAAGUGCUGAACUGCUGGGCCUUUGGGUGUGUGUGUGUGUAUAUACAAACUCCCCCUACAGGACAGUAGGAUGUAGCGCACCAGAAGUCCAGCGUGACCAAGAGAUGGAUGCUGGGGCGGGUGUUUGUGUACAUACUUCCCCCUACAGGUCAGGAGGGUACAUAGCACAGGAAGUCCAGUGUGACCAAAAGAUUAGUGCUGUACCACUGGACUUCUGGUGUGUGUGUGUGUUUUGACACACUCCCCCUGCAGGACAGUAGGAUGUAGCGCACCAGAAGCCCAGUGUGACCAAGAGAUGGGUGCUGGGGCAGGUGUGUAAAUACCUCCCCCUACAGGUCAGGAGGGUACAUAGCACAGGAAGUCCAGUGUGACCAUAAGAUUACUGCUGUACCACUGGGCUUCUGUGUGUGUGUGUGUUGACACACUCCCCCUGCAGGACAGGAGGGUGUACGGCACCAGAAGCCCAGCGUGACCAAGAGUGCUAAAGUUGUAUGUGUGCAUUAGUCCCCUGACCCUCCCUGACGGAACUGAGCCACGCUGCCUUUUUGCUCUCCCCACACGGCCAGGACGACAAGCGCUGUGAAUGGAUCUACCGGGGAUCCACCCGCCUGGAGCCGAUGUUCAGCAUGAAGACCUCCACCGCUUCCACCCUGGAGAAAAAGCAAGGAGGGCAAAUGAGGACUCGCCCGAACGUCGGUAAAGCCAUCCACCUCCUGUCUUUCUGAGCGCCAUUCAGAGAAUUGCCCAUGACCCACAUUGUCAGGAAUGAGGAGGGGGAGAUAACACAAGGGGAAGGGUGUCCUUAAAGUUCGUUAAAUUUGUGCAUCCCUUCCCCGAAGCAAUUUGCAGCCAAACCAGAAAAAGAAUAUAACGAGCAUGGACCCACAUUUUGGGACACAGCUGUGUGAAAUCGAGUUGCCCGCCUCUGUCUCCAAGCUCCUCUCCUGUCCUAAACGUUUCCUUCUCUCUCUCUCUCUCUCUAUCCAGGGGCCGUCCGGAGCAAAGGGCCGGUCGUCCAGUACACGCACGACUUAACAGGGACCAGCUCACAGUUCAAGCCCGUGGAACCUCCUCCGCCAAUGCCUGUUGUGAUGUCCCAGCCGGUUUCGCCCCAGUUCAUUGACGUGGAGUAAGUCGCUGAGGAUUGCUCCCCCGAUGGGGAGCCUGGGAGGGUUAUCGCUUGCUCCGUUCGCCGGCGGGCAAAGUGGCAUCGCUCCAAGGUCUGCAGGCCGGCAGUCUUGGGUUUGGUGUGUUCAGCUAAAAGUAUAGCUGUCAACCAUCACUUAUUUGGCGGGAAACUCCCUUAUCCCAGCGCGGUGUCCCGCUGCUGUUGCUUAUUGAUGAUGUCUCUUAAAUUUCCCGGGUUUCAAAGGAAGCAGCUCCUCUCCCUCCCUCCCUGCCGGCCAGGGAGGAGGGAGGCUCCAACUGUGUUGCUUGGCUGCGUUGCUCACCCAAUAAGGAGUCUAAGAACGACUGGGGGGUGGAGCUUGCAUGCCUUGUGCCGAUCAAAUCGGCUGCCUUGCCUGGGGACUCGCCUUUGCUCAGCGCUUCCCAGCGGAGAGGUGACGGUGGUUUUCCUUGCUGCAUCCCCUUUGCCGGGUUGCUGCGCUGUGGGAACCACCGCUUGAGGCUUCGUUUGGCUGCUGGCUGGGCUUUCUGCCUUUGGCUCGGAGGGGCUCAGAAGUCGAACAUACCUGUGCUCGGAAUUGGAUGGAUACGUCAUCGACAGCCCACUCACACUUGCCGGGGUGAUCAUCCCUUAUUUUGGCUGCUGAUCCCUUAUUUUCGAGGCUGCUGGCCCCUUAUUUUGAAAUCUGUAAGUUGACAGCUAUGAGCUAAAAGGCUAAAGUCACAAAUGAUGAGGGCAGUCUUUCCACUUGAGACCCUGCGGAGCCACCACUCCUUUGAACGGAUGACGCUGGUCUUCCCCCGCAACCCUGGACUCCAAACCCCAUCAUCCACAACAACUGCUCGCACUUGCUGGGAAUGAUGGGUGUUGGACUCCUAGGACUGGCGUACUCCAGCCAUUUCUCCCUCCUUCCUUACCUUGGGAGUUUUGUACUGAAUCUCUCGCCCUCCUCCUUUCGGCGCAGAAGCCUCGAGAGCCAGCUCGCUCAGGCCAAGAAGCAGCAGGUGGCGAAGAAGAGCACUUCGUUCUUGCGUCCCGGUUCGGUGGGAUCGGGGCCGCCCUCCCCGACCUCCCCCAUCCUGAGCGAAACGCCUGCCGUGGGCAAGACGGGCGUGACCCAGCAGUUCCGGUGAGUGUCGAGUUCUGAAAGCACACGCAACAGGGAACACAAAUAGCCAUAUCGCCAUCUCUUGCUGGUCCUGCCUACUCCGUGGCAACUCUGCCAGCCUCUGUGCAUUGGGCGGGCAGGGCCCGGGGAACAGGAAAGUCUAAAGCUGGAAGCCUACUCUUUAUUAAUCCCCACGACGGGGUGAGCUCCCGCUGCUCUGUCCCAGCUCCUGCCAACCAGGCAGUUUGAAAGCACACUGGCGCAAGUAGAUAAAUAGGUACCGCUGCGACGGGAAGGUAGACGGUGUUUCCGUGCACUCUGGUUUCCGUCACGGUGUUCUGUUACACCAGUAGCAGUUUAGUCCUGCUGGCCACAUGACCCAGAAAACUGUCUGUGGACAAAUGUCAGCUCCCUCGGCCUGAAAGCGAAAUGAGGGCCACAACCACAUAGUCGCCUUUGACUGGACUUAACUACACUUUUUGUACAAACAAACCCAGCAAAAUCCACUUACCAGAGGCAAAAGUGGGAUGGGCAUACAUACCGUUAGCAUCCUUUCAUCUUCUCAAAUCCACCCCCCUCUUGUCUCCAGCCUCAGAGGUAGACAGAGACUUACAAAACAAUCCUGAGUAUAGGAAACCAGUUUAAGUUAAGUUGGUGUAAGUUACUCCUGUUCCAUGCUCCGUUCAGGAGCCAGACUGAGCCUGGCAAAGAGAAAACAAGCCAUCAAAGUGGACUUUAACUUAGCAUCACCAUCAGCCAGUGUGGUGUAGUGGUUAAGAGCGGUAGACUCGUAAUCUGGUGAACCGGGUUCGCUUCCCCGCUCCUCCACAUGCAGCUGCUGGGUGACCUUGGGCCAGUCACACUUCUCUGAAGUCUCAGCCUCACUCUCCUCACAGAGUGUUUGUUGUGGGGGAGGAAGGGAAAGGAGAUUGUGAGCCGCUUUGAGACUCCUUAAAGGUAAAGGUAAAGGGACCCCUGACCAUUAGGUCCAGUCGUGGCCGACUCAGGGGUUGCGGCGCUCAUCUUGAUUUAUUGGCCCAGGGAGCCGGCGUACAGCUUCCGGGUCAUGUGGCCAGCAGGACUAAGCCGCUUCUGGCAAACCAGAGCAGCGCACGGAAACACGGUUUACCUUCCCGCCGGAGUGGUACCUAUUUAUCUACUUGCACUUUGAUGUGCUUUCAAACUGCUCGGUUGGCAGGAGCAGUUACCGAGCAACAGGAGUUCAUCCCGUCGCGGGGAUUUGAACCGCCGACCUUCUGAUCGGCAAGUCCUAGGCUCUGUGGUUUAACCCACAGCACCACCCGCGUCCCUCUGAGACUCCUUAGGGUAGUGAUAAAGCGGGAUAUCAAAUCCAAAUCCAAACAGCAGAAUAGAAGUGCAGCAAAAUGAGUAACUCUUCUUAGUGCAGGCCAACGGUGGCUGGAAAGCGGGGGGGCAUCAGUGGUACCCUGCGAGUGAGGGUGGGUGGGCAGAUCUUGCCCCAGCUGCACCUGUUGUGCUCACUGCCAGCCCCCCUCUCUCCCCAACCCCACCCCAAUUCUCUCCCCGGAAGGUUCUUGGGCGCCCAGCCCUCCACCAGCCCCACCCCGCAGUUCUACGGCAUGAUGGACCGGGUGCCCAGCGACCCCACCUACCGGGCCCCUGUGGAGAAGCUCUUCUACCUGCCCCACGUCUGCAACUACACCUGCCUCUCCCGGACGCGCCCCUUCCAGACCGACCAGCACCGCAGCCGGAACCCCCUCCUCGUCCCGCUGCUGUACGACUUCCGCCGCAUGACGGCCCGCCGGCGGAUCAACCGCAAGACGGGCUUCCACGUCAUCUACAAGACGCCGUGCGGGCUGUGCCUGCGCAGCAUGGCGGAGGUGGAGCGCUACCUCUUCGAGACGAACUGCGACUUCCUCUUCCUGGAGAUGUUCUGCCUGGACCCCUACGUCCUGGUGGACCGCAAGUUCCAGCCCUACAAGCCCUACUACUACAUCCCCGACAUCACCAUGGGCAAGGAGGACGUCCCCCUCUCCUGCGUCAACGAGAUCGACAACACCGCCCCACCCCAGGUGGCCUACAGCAAGGAGCGCAUCCCCGGGAAGGGGGUCUACAUCAACACCAGCGCCGAUUUCCUGGUGGGCUGCGACUGCGAGGACGGGUGCCGGGAUAAGUGAGCGGCUUCCUCUUCUCCCCAAAACCGGCUGGUGGGUGGGAAGGACCCUGUUUCAGCUGGAGGGCCCUGCAGUUAUUUGCAGCAGUGACUUGUUUUGCGUGGGGAUUGUGUUCCUGACCCCCAUGUGUGUAAUCCCAUCCACCCCCCUCUUCCGGCCACUUCCGGGGACGGCGCUGUAUGUGCACGCCAGUUGGAUGCACCUAGUUGUUUCCUGUACAGUGGUACCUUGACUCCCAUUCGACUCCCAGAACCAUUCGGAAAGCAAAGCAUGGCUUCUGAUUGGCUGCAGGAGCAUCCUGCAGCCAAUCACAAGCUGCCCCGGGUGAUUGGAUUCCGAAAAUCGUUUGGAAACUGGAAUACUCACUUCCGGGUUUCGAUCGUCCGGGAGCCAAUUUUGUUUAGGAGCCAAGGCAUUCGGCUUCAAGGUACGGCUGUAUCUGUUUAUUCAUAUGCUGCUCAAUGGUGUGUUUGUUUUUAAGACCCCAAGCAGUUUAGAAAGAGAAUAGUAUAAUGAAAUUGUUGGUUAAAAACAAGUCUUAGAAAUAUUCAAAAGAUAAAAAUCAACAAAUAAACCAAGAGCAGAUCAAAACGUACAUCAGUCUGGCGUAGCUCAGUCGGGUCAAUCUCAGCGUUGUGUGUUCGAGCCCCACCUAGAUUCCUGCAUUGUAGGGGGUUGGACUGGAUGACCCCAGGGUCCCUUCCAACUCUACGAACGGAAGGCAAGUGAAUGGCUGCUGUAGGUGCUGCCAGCUGCUGAGAAUCACAGAUGAGGAGAGUCCUGUUUGUGUGGCUGAAUGGGCUCUGUCUAAACAGAAAUUUUAGAUGUCGCAGCAAAGGUUACAGCACAGUCGCCUGCCCGAUAUCAAUAGUCAGGGAGUUCCAGAGGGCAGGUGCUGCUAAAAGAUCGGUUUCUAACAAACGUGGAGCGAAUGUUAUGUAGCACCUGUGGCAGUGGGGGUAUAAUUAUGAUUGGGCUCGUUUGUUGCUUAUAACUCGGAAGGUCUCUCAAGUGACUCACGACACCUUUUAAAUCCAUAAAUGCGACUACACUAUAUCUAUUUAUUUCAGUUAAUUUGGAGAGUUUCUGCCCUGCUCUUCAGCUGCAAAGGCUCCCAGGGAGACUUAUGUGCCAUCAGUUAAAAAGAUGGCAAUCUCUGCCCGCAGGCUUACAGUCUAAAUUAAAGGCCCCACACACAACAGAAAAGGGAUUGGGGGGGGGACAGAAUUGAACUUGGGCGCCAAUUCUUAAAAGUGCUGUUCUGGCCAUGUUCUCCAGCUGAACAGGAGGUGGGAUUGCAAACCGCUCUGGGGCUGCUGUGCAGAGACCACUGGGGCGCUCCCUGGCCUUACAGCUGGGGGUUUGGUUUCCUGACUUGAGCCCCACACUUCCCCCCUCCUCCUUGACAGGUCCAAAUGCGCUUGCCACCAGCUCACGAUCCAAGCGACCGCCUGCACCCCGGGGGGCCAGACCAACCCAAAUGCCGGGUUCCAGUACAAAAGACUGGAAGAAUGCCUCCCCACAGGGUAAGCUUUCUUUGUUGUUGUUGUUGUUUAGUCAUGUCCGACUCUCCGUGACCCCCUGGACUAGAGCACACUAGGCCCUCCUGUCUUCCACUGCCUCCCGCAGUUUGGUCAAACUCAUGUUCGUAGCUUCAAGAACACUGUCCCACCAUCUCGUCCUCCGCCGUCCCCUUCUCCUUGCGCCCUCCAUCUUUCCCAACAUCAGGGUCUUUCCCAGGGAGUCUUCUCUUCUCCUGAGGUGGCCAAAGUAUUGGAGCCUCAUCUUCAUGAUCUGUCCUUCCAGUGAGCACUCAGGGCUGAUUUCCGUCAGAAUGGGGAGGUUUGAUCUUCUUGCAGUCCAUGGGACUCUCCAGAGUCUCCUCCAGCACCAGAAUUCAAAAGCAUCCAUUCUUCGGCGAUCAGCCUUCUUUAUGGUCCAGGUCUCACUUCCAUACAUCACUACUGGGAAAACCAGACCUUUUACUAUACGGACCUUUGUUGGCAAGGUGAUGCCCCGCUCUGCAACCUGACCGGAGGAGGGCAGCCAGGAUUGCAAGUGGUUUUGGGAAGCCCUAGUUGCAUGAGAAACAGGCGAAGGAGUCUGUUUUUACCUGGAGAGGAGUAGCGUAAGAGGAGAGGGUGGGAAGCCAGCCCCAGAGAUAUGAAAGUCUGCUGAGAAUAUGGAGGGGACCUGUUUUUGUUGUUCCAGGAGGAGGAACCAGGAACCACAAGGGGAGGGAAUUCCUGUGGAGCAAAUUUCGGCCAGACGUUAUACACUGUUUGUGUGCUCCCAUGAUGGUUCCUGAUUCCCCCCCUUGCCUGAUGAGCGCAGGGCAUGGUUCCAGCAUCCCUGACCGACGGUAGCUUGAUGUCUGCUUAAAUACCUCCAGCGAAAGAGGACUAGAUCAGGAGUACUGACCUACAUGGACCGAGUGGCCUGACUUGAGUACGAGGCAGCUUCCUGACUCUGGGAACAUUGCCAUCCCUUGUUACCAAGAAAGGUGAAGCAGGCACACUCUCUGGGCCUGACGAGGAAGUCCGUUCAGUGCUGGACUCCAAACCAGCUUUCACUCAGAAGCAUGAGGACUAGAAUCUUUCUUUCUUUUUAGAGGAAGGGCUGUAGCUCAGUUGCAGAGAACCAGCUUUGCCUGCAGAAGGUCCCAGACCCCAUCCCUAGGGUUUAUAGGUAGGGCCAGGAAUGUCCCCUGCCUGAAUCCCUGCAGAGCUGGGUCGACAACACUGACACUAGAGCAGGGAUAGGCAAACUAAGGCCCGGGGCCGGAUCCAACCCAGUCGCCUUCUAAAUCCAGCCCACGGAUGGUCUGGGAAUCAGUGUGUUUUUACAUGAGUAGAAUGUGUGCUUUUAUUUAAAAAUGCAUCUCUGGGUUAUUUGUGGGGCAUAGGAAUUCGUUAAUUUUCCCCUUCAAAAUAUAGUCAGGCCCCCCCACAAGGUUUGAGGGACAGUGGACCGGCCCCCUGCUUUAAAAGUCUGCUGACCCCUGCACUAGAGGGACCUCAGUGGCUUGGCUCGAGAUCAAGGCAGCUUCCUGACUCUGGGAACGUUGCCGUCUCUUGUUGUAAGAUUGGUGAGGCAGGUGCACUCUCUGGGCCCAGCGAGCAGCCCUUUCCAUUGCUUGACUCUCCCUGCAUCUUCUUCCCUCUUCUUCCGGGCCUCUGCCAGCGUCUACGAGUGCAACAAGCGCUGCAAGUGCAAUCGGAACAUGUGCACGAACCGCCUGGUGCAACACGGCCUGCAAGUCCGGCUGCAGCUCUUCAAGACGCAGAACAAGGGCUGGGGCAUCCGCUGCCUGGAUGACAUUGCCAGGGGCUCCUUCGUCUGCAUCUAUGCAGGUACAGGGCGCCGGGCCUGGGGCCUCUGAAUCUCCAUCUGCGGGGCAGCCGCCCCGAAGAGCAGCGUUCACGUGCCAAAGGAACUGGGAUUAAGCAAGGCCGCUGAGCGUAGACAUAGCGCCAAACCAUGGUUGAAACAAGCUGUGGCUCAUAAGCUAACAGCACCCUGUGGCUUCACAUUGUUUGUCCCUGGCAGAAAACAAACCAUGGUUCAAAUGAGUCACAAUUAGGCUAAACAAACCAUGGUUCAAAUGAGCCACACUUGGGCUAAACAAACCAUGGUUCAAAUGAGCCACACUUGGGCUAAACAAACCAUGGUUCAAAUGAGCCACAAUUAGACUAAACAAACCAUGGUUCAAAUAAACCUCACCUGGGCUAAGCAAACCUUGGUUUAGUGUUAAUGUGCAAACCACAUCAUUGAUGGCCUCUGCUGCCUCCUGUGGGAGGGAGUUCCAUAGUUCAACUUCACACUUUAUUUGUCCUGAAUCUUCCAACACUCAGCUUCAUUGGACAUCCAGAAGUUUUAGUGUUCCCCACCCUUCAUAUUUUACUGAUUUUCAGAUAUAGCAGGUCUGAAGAAACAAUAAACGUAAUGCCAGCCCCUGCCCCGAAGUACAGAGAUAGUGUUAAAGAAUAGUACACUGAAAUGCAGACGUAGGUUGAUGCCGUACACGAGAAGAAAUCAAACAGAUGUCUCAUUCCAGUGUCCCAUGAGAAGCCGGCAUGUGAAAUAGAUUCAGCAUAUUCAAUAAAAGUAAACCACCUUGUAUAGGAAGCUGUGUGUCUUCUUCCAGUAUGGAGAUUCUGUUAGUUUAUCCAUAAGAAUGACGCCCUGUGUCUGUGACAACAGUGCUUCCAAAAGGUCUGUAUUAGGAGUUCUCCAGUGUCUGGCUAUAACAAGUUCAGGAGCAGCUAACAGCUGAACAAGAAGGUAUUUAGUAGACAGAUCUGGGCGAGACAGGCGGUUUGGUGAUCUGGUGUCGUAAGCGAGGCAGGAAAAAGCUUUCCCCAUUUUGUCCAUACUUUUAUAAACUUCCUAUUUCCAGCGUUAUAAACUUCGUAUAAACUCGCAAGCUUGUACAAGUUGUACAAGUGACAAUAAAGUAUUUCAAUUUCAAUAGGAUUUCAAUUUCAAUUAACGGGAGUGUCAUGAGUUUGCAAAGGCUUAUGUUUCCUAGCCGAGAGCUAAGGGUCUCUCUUUCUCCCCCCGACUGCUGUUUCUCUGCUUGCUGCCCCGCAGGUAAAAUCCUGACGGACGAUUUUGCUGACAAGGAGGGCCUGGAGAUGGGCGACGAAUACUUUGCCAACCUGGACCACAUUGAGAGCGUGGAGAACUCGAAGGAGGGCUACGAAAGCGAGGCCAAGUGCUCUUCGGACAGCAGCGGCGUCAACCUGAAGGACGACGAGGACGAGAACUCGGGCUCGGAGGAGCAGGAGGAGUCCAACGAGGAGAGCUCGGACGACAACUUCUGCAAGGACGAGGACUUCAGCACCAGCUCGGUCUGGCGCAGCUACGCCACCCGGCGCCAGACGCGGGGCCAGCGGGAGAACGGCCUCUCUGAGACGGCCUCCAAGGACUCGGGCCUGGCCCGGCAGGCCAGCCACGAAGAGGCCGCCCACUGCAAGCCUCCCCUCUCGGAGGAGACCUCCAAAAACAAGGUGGCCUCCUGGCUCAGCUCCAACACCAUGGCCGACGGCUUCCAGGACAACGACAGCCGCUCCUCGUUUCGCACGCACGAGGCGGGCGAGGCGAAGGCCGCAAAGGCUGAGCCCCCAGACGGCGAGAAGGCGGCUCUGGGAGGCCGGGACGAUUUCGGGCUGGAGGUGAAGAAGAAAGAGGUACGGUUCCUCUCCCCUGCAGUGUUCUGUGGAUAGAUUUUUGGCGGCCCUCUCUGUCGGGUUUGGAAACAUGUGAACUACACCCGUGAUUUCUGCAUCGCAGGGGAUUUUGCUCAGGGGUCAGCAAACUUUUUCAGCAGGGGGCCGGUUCACAGUCCCUCAGACCUUGGUGGGGGCAGCGGACUAUAUUUUGCAAUGCAGGCCAACUCUUAUUAAAUAUUUCUGCCUAAAUGUUUGCUAGGGACGCGGGUGGCACUGUGGGUUACCACUGAGCCUAGGACUUGCCGAUCAGAAGGUCGGCGGUUCGAAUCCCCACGAUGGGGUGAGCUCCCGUUGCUCAGACCCUGCUCCUGCCAACCUAGCAGUUCAAAAGCACGUCAAAGUGCAGGUAGAUAAAUAGGUCCCGCUCCAGCAGGAAGGUAAACAGCGUUUCCGUGUGUUGCUCUGGUUCGCCAGAAGUGGCUUAGUCAUGCUGGCCACAUGACCCGGAAGCUGUACGCCGGCUCCCUCGGCCAGUAAAGCAAGAUGAGCACUGCAACCCCACAGUCCCUUUACCUUUAAAUGUUUGCUACAGUUUCCUCUUUCUCGCCCUUCUUUCCCACAGGAACCCGAAGACCACAGCAAACCUCUGUUGUAAGUUCCCGUUUUUUUCCUUCUGCUCUUCUCUUCCUUUGGGUAACUUGGGCCAGCUCUGGCUGCUCCUGGAUUUCUGUCUCCUUUGGGAAAAGAGUCAGGAGUGUUUCUGAACAUUCUACCAGCUGAAGAACUCCCCGCAAGCAGAAAGCUAGCAUGUCAAGGACACGGGCAAAAGGAUAUAGCUCAGAGGUUCCCCAAACCCUUGUUCACCACAGACCAAUGGAAUAUCACUGAGGGACUUUUCUGCCCGUUGUAGCAAGUGCUAGAUGUUGUGUUUAAUUGUAUUUCUACUGUUGCUUUUGUUUUCUGUACUGCGUUACCAUUUUCAUUCUGCAGAAUUGUAAUUGCGAUACAAUAAAAUACAGUCUUAAGAAUUCAGGCAAGCCGUGCAAACACAGUUAAAGAUCAGUAUGAGUGCUUAACGCAGCAUGACACUGACCACCUGAGCUAAGCUUUUGGGGCCACCACUGGGUGGUCCAUGGACUACAGUUUGGGAACCUUUUCCCUGACAUGCUAGCCUUCUAGGCGCGGGGAGGGUUGUUUUUCAUUCUCACCUGACAAACAUUCAAACAUGAUCCAGUCACUUCAGCCAGUUUCACCUGUGAGGUAGGAUAAGCUGAGAAGGUUGCACUCUGGACGCAUCGUGGCUGAGGGGGGAUUCGAACCCUGGUCCCUCCCUGGUCCUAGUCCAGCACUCUUAACCACUACACCACACUGGGUCUUUUCUUUAUCAUUUAUUGCUUCAACUCCACCCUCCUCCUGACCCAGAGCCCAGGGUGGCUAAAAGUCCUCUGAACUGUACAAACACGACACGGCUUUCAUAAAACAAACUAUUAAACGUACAGAAUGUUAAUCCCGAUUUUAAAACGGCAACAGCCUAGAGUUUUCUCCUCUCCACAACCACAUGCGGUUUAAACGACCGAAUGCCCAAGCAAAAGGAAAAUGUUUUAAGGUGAUGCCUUAAUUUCUUACACUUGAGAAAAAUGAAAUAAUUAAUGGAGUCAUUUGUUUUUAUUAUAAAUUACAAAAAAACGAAACAAUGAAUGCUGCGAAGGGGGGGAAACUAGUAUAAUGCAUUAUAGUACACUGAAUAUUGUGUUAAACAGAAGAUUCUGUAUCUUAUACAUAACCAAUGUUGUGCCUUCAAGAAAUGCUCCAUGAAUCCUGAAAUGUGGUUCAAGGAAAGGAGGGAGGACUGAUUUCUCUUUACACUGAAUAUUAAUUUUGCAUUACAGUAAAUAAAAUGGGGGGGGAAUCAGUGCUGGAACCACAGCCAUGUAUCAGCUGUCUAUUUAUGUGGUGGUUGCGGCUUGCUGGCAUCUUGCAGCGAAGCAUUGUGUGAGCAGCUAACUCCUUCCUCUGUCCUCCCCCAGGGUGCCCAGUGCAGGCAGGUUGUACGGUUACAAUCCAAACCCGCCGGUCCCCGAAGGAGUCCGGAGGCCAAUCAGCAAGACAGCUUUGCUUCAGAGCCGCAGGCACACAGAGUCCCAUCAGGUACCCAUAGAUGUAAUUAUCUUAAGAACUUUUAGGCCUGUGAGCAGGCUGUUAUCCUUCCACAAAGCUUUAUGUUAGAAUCGUAGACUCAGAAUUGUCGAGUGGGGAGGGAUCCCAAGGCUCAUGUAGUCCAACCCCCUGCAAGUGGGGGGCAUAUGAAGAACAAAAGAGGAUUGUGUUCCAUCUUGUCGAUACCCACUUUAAACUGAGCUGCCCGGAACGGAAUUCCUUGCUGGCCAAGGAGAGGGGCGGCUGCAGACGUUCCCUCCCUCCCUCCCACUUUUCUCUCUCUCUCUCUCUUCCACCGCCAGGAUGUGCUGAUGCUCUCCAGCAGCACAGACAGCGAUGGUGACAACGGGCGCGGCACCUCGCGGCAGGCGCAGGGCAACGACAGCGACGACAUCCAGACCAUCUCCUCCGGGUCGGAAGAGGAGCCGGGGCCAGACGGCAAGAAGAGCUCUUCGGGGCUGGGUGAGCGCAGCCGCGUUUGGGGAGAGGGGAGGCGAUUGUGUGUACAGUCAUACCUCGGGUCACAGACGCUUCAGGUUGCGUUUUUUUCAGGUUGUGGACUGUCAAAACCCGGAAGUACCGGAAUGGGUUACUUCCGGGUUUUGGCGGUCGCGCAUGCACAGAAGCGCUAAAUUGUGCUUUGCACAUGCGCAGAAGUGCCGAAUUGCAACUUGUGCGUGCGCAGAUGCGCCACUGCGGGUUGCGGACGUGCAUCUCGCACGGAUCACGUUCGCAACCCGCAGCGCCCACUGUAUAUUAAACAAUUUUGGAGUGGCAUUCAAGAGGAGCUUAAAAAAAAAGCUUAAAAUAUCAUGUAAAAAAACCCGCAGAGGCGUACCUCUUGGGAAUUACAUCGACUGACAUUCCUACCGCUAGGGAAAAAGGGUUUCUUAUAUGCAACCUCUGUGCCCAGAAUGAUGAUAGCAAAAAAUUGGAAGGGCGAAAGAACUCCCUCAAUAAGAGAAUGGCAAAUAAGAUUUUGUGACUAUAUAGAAUCAGCAAGACUUAACAGCAGUGGUAAGAGGCUAGUCAUACCAAAAAUUGAUAGAUGAGUGGACUUGCGUGAAGGAAUACGUCAUAAAACAUUGUUCUGGUAUUAAAAUAUCAAUAUGCAAUGAACGAAACUUAUACAGUGGUGCCUCGCAAGACGUAAUUAAUCCGUUCCGCGAGUAUCUUCCUCUAGCGGUUUUUUCGUCUUGCGAAGCAACCCUAUUAGCGGCUUAGCAGAUUAGCGCUAUUAGCGGUUUAGCGGCUAUUAAAGGCUUAGCGGCUUAGAAAAGGGGGGGGGAAACAAAAAAAAAUCUCAAGACUCGCAAGACAUUUCCGUCUUGCGAAGCAAGCCCAUAGGGAAAUUUGUCCUGCGAAGCGCAUUGAAAAACGGAAAACCCUUUCGUCUAGCGGGUUUUCCGUCUUGCGAGGCAUUCGUCUUGCGGGGCACCACUGUAGAGUAAAAAAAUUAAGAAGAAACAGGUACAAGAUGAAAUAGUCAAAAAUAAUAUUGAUAACACAGCGAAAAGAAGAAAAGAAACAAAGGAUGCCGCAUAUAGGUGGAGGGAAGUCAGAAUUUAUGUCUUUAUGUUUGUUUUCUUUUUUUGUAAUCUUAAGUUGAGCGGUGUAUGUAUCUAUGUAUGAUGAGUUUGUUUAGUGUUCUGGUUUGGGUUUGUAAGUAUCGCAUUUAUCAAUAAAAGUUUUUUUAAAAAGGACAGAAAAGGGAGCCUUCCGGGAUGAGGCCAGUGUGGAGCCCACCGGGUCCAGCAUCCCGUUCUCACGGGGGCCCAAUGGGAAGCCCCAAGCAGGACCCGGGCGCAAGAACCAUUUCUUCCCUCCUCUGGCUUCCGGCAGCUGCGAUUCAGAAGCGUCGCUGCUUCCAGCCCUUGAGGCAGCCAAUUUAGCUUUUUAAAAUUUAGUUGUCGCUUCUUUAACAGUGUUUUAUAUUCCGUUUUGCUGAUGAUUUGUUAAUUGCCGUAUCGGCCCAAAUAUAAGCCGCACCCAAAUAUAAGCCGCACCUUUAAAAGUGGAGGGUGGGGGAGAAAAAGAAGGGGAAAUACCCACAUAUAAGCCGCUCUAUUCCUGGCUGCUCCUGGCUGCAUACUGGGUGGGAGGGGGAGCUGUGUUGCGUUGCCAGCGGCCUUCCCCCUUCCUCGCUCUCUCUCCCUUCUUGGCCUUGGGGAACGCUCCUGGCGCUGUUUUCCCCAUGCUCCCGGCUGCAUACCGUAAGGUCACGAAUAUAAGCCACACUUUAACUUUUCACAGUCAGAAUUUGGGGGGAAAGUGAGGGUUAUAUUCAGGCCAAUAAUAACUUGCGUCACCUUGUGCUGCUCAGGAGGUUAGGCUAUACUGGCUGGUUUUUCUUCCUUUCAUGUCAAAGGGGGAGCGAGGUAGGGGAGAAAAACCCUCACUUUUAUAAUAAUAAUAAUAAUAAUAAUAAUAAUAAUAAUAAUAAUAAUUGUAAUAAAAAAUUUUAUUUAUAGCCCGCCCUCCCCAGCCAAGACCAGGCUCAGGGCAGCUAACACCAAAUAUAAAAACAACUGCUUGAAAUACAGCUUAAAAAACAAGAUUAAAAUACAACAUAAAAACAUUAAAACGCAGCCUCAUUUCAGUGGAAACUCAAAUCAAAAACAUUUUUGGGGAUGAAAAUGUCCAGUCUUCAGUAUGGUAUUCUGCAUGAUUCAUGCUGUAUUUGUGAUGUUCUAUCAUGUUGUUUUUGGGUUUGGUGUGCAUGGGUCAUUAGGGGAGGGCCACGGUUGCGGGGCACGCCAUGCUCCUUCUGGGGUAGUUUGUCCACUUUUGGCCCCCACCCUGUGCUCACUUGUGGCUCCCGUAUGCUGCCAGCAUGGGACAGCAGCCACACCCCAGGAAACGGCUCCCACUGGGCUGCCAAACCAGGCGAGGGGAGCCGAUAGGUCUCAAGCCCUCCGUGAGGGGCAGGUGGGGCUCGUCCACCUGGGAAGGGAGCCCAUCCAGGAGAAGAAAAACUCUGAUCCUAAAUCUCCGCAUUAACCGCUCCACCACCAUUGGUUUCCUCCGCCACAUCUGAGAAGGGAGCGAAUAAUGCUAAGGGGGUGCCAGCACAAAUAAGGCCCUGCCGUUUAUCCGCUAUAGGAGGGAGAAACGUUUCUAAAGGACGGGGGCAUUGUGGGUGAAGGAAAAGCCAGCCUGCUCAGGCUAGGAAUUGCCCAGGCUGUUCCAAUAUGCCUGAGCACCUGAAAUCGGCUUCUUCGAUCUCCCUUUAACGGUGUCGACUCCCUUGGGUGUUUCCCAGGACCAGUGAAGAGGCAGGUGGCCGUCAAGUCCACCCGCGGCUUCGCCCUGAAGUCAACCCACGGCAUUGCCAUCAAGUCGACCAACCUGGCGUCCGGGGAGAACAUGCCCAUCCGGAGGAACACGCGGCAGUUCUAUGACGGAGAGGAGUCCUGUUACAUCAUCGACGCCAAACUCGAAGGCAACUUGGGCCGCUACCUCAAUGUGAGAUUCUUCAUGCUGUAGCAAAUUAAAUUCCCCCCUUCUCGCACAACUCUGGUGUUUUUCCUCCGUCCAAGCCGACCUCUCGCUUCCCCUGUAGAGUCUGUACUGUUGGUGGAUAUUUCGUGGUGGGCAUUUCUCGCUCAGCAGUUCAUUUCCAUUGAUCUUCUAUGAUGUCACUGCAGCUCAGCCAAUGGCUAAGGGAGGCACGCCAGCAACAACUUUUAGGUUGUCUUUUUUUUCAAUAAAACACUGCUUCAUAUAAGCAUUUCUCUUCUCAAAGAACGGAUUGUUUAGCUGUGCUAAAAUAAACUCCCUCGAUUUGUUCCCAGCCCCCAACACUAAAUAACAACAGAUUUCCUGCAUGUGUCGUAAGAGACCUUGAAAACCUAAAGCUGGAGAUGUGGGAGAUAAAUAUUGUAGACAGCAGAUUUGCAAUUGGUGGUUGAAUUUUUGGCUUGGUCGCUUUGGAACUUCCUCUCAUUGGCUGAGCGGCUGUGAUGUCACGGAAUGUCCUCAAGAAGACGGGGGGCAGAAAUAUCAGAGAUUAGAGAAAGACUGGGUGAAUGUUUAAAGGAUAUUUGUGGGCAGAAGAAGAGCUGGUGAGGUUUAGGAAUAAUUUUUUUGGGGGGUGGGAGAGGUCAGAUCAAAGAAGGCCCCCCACUUCUGUUUUCUCACCUUUUUCCAAUGUUAAUGGUUAGCACCUUGUCAGAAAUAAUUUGCCUACACCUCAGGUUCCCAAAUGCAUCAUUCUGACCCCUCCCCUCUGUGCUGACCAAAUGUCCCCUCCUUUAUUAUUAAAAACAGAUGUUGGGCUUUUUUGGGGGGGGUGGGCCUUGUUGUUGCUUGCUUAAUUUUAUCUGUGUUUUACUUGGGGUUUUUUUUUAGGGGGGGUUCUGUGUAUUGUCAGUUUUUUUCCUUCAGAGAGAUGGACAUCUCUGUGGUACCUGCAACAAUCCCUUGGAAUUUCCAAAUCCAUCCCUGUAGCCAGAAAUCAGGCAGGCUCCCACAGCCGUACUCUUCUUGGUGCCUACUAAAAACAUUUUGUUUAGACAGGAUGCGGGUGGCGCUGUGGGUUAAACCACUGAGCCUCUUGGGCUUGCCGAUCAGAAGGUCGGCGGUUCAAAUCCCCUCGACGGGGUGAGCUCCCGUUGUUCGGUCCCUGCUCCUGCCAACCUAGCAGUUCAAAAGCACGUCAAAGUGCAAGUAGAUAAAGAGGUACCGCUCUGGCGGGAAGGUAAACGGCGUUUCCAUGCGCUGCUCUGGUUCGCCAGAAGUGGCUUAGUCCUGCUGGCCACAUGACCCGGAAGCUGUACGCCAGCUCCCUUGGCCAGUAAAGCGAGAUGAGCGCCACAACCCCAGAGUCUGUCACGACUGGACCUAAUGGUCAGGGGUCCCUUUACCUUUACCUUUUACCCAUACGUUUAGAAAAUUGACGUGGGGGUUUUUUUUGCCUGUUAUUUUAACUUUUCAAAAGUUAAAUUGAAAAGUCAAAUCUUAAAUUGUUGUUAAUUUUUCUUAUUUAUUUAUAUGCUUAUAUUUUUUAAUGUUUUUAUAUAUUUUUUAUAAAGUAGCUUCUAGCCGUUUUUCUGUUAUGUUGGUGGCAUAGAAACAUCUUCAUCCAGUUUUGUGUUUUAACAUUUGUUAAAAGAAGAGGAUACUCUUUUUUUUUAAAAAAAGGGGGCAUAUUGUGGUCUGCUUAGGAAAUUCAGCAUGUUACGUCCAUUUCUGAGUUAACUUCUGUUGAUGAUACUUUCACGCUUUUAAAUAUCACUUUGGCUAGAUAACAAGCAGCUCUAAAAUACCUUGACGUCAGUCGGCACGGAGCUUUUGCCUUUCUGAUUUUGGCUAACGCCCGUUUCUGUUUCCAGCAUAGCUGCAGUCCUAACCUCUUUGUCCAGAACGUCUUUGUGGACACCCACGACCUCCGUUUCCCAUGGGUGGCCUUCUUCGCCAGCAAGUAAGCACUGUCCAAAAGAGACCAGCUUCUCUCUCUUCAGUCGAGCUUCCCUUGGGCCGCAUCCGCACCAGGCAUUUAAAGCCCCCUUCCACCACUUUGAACACUCAACGGCUCCCACCUGCCAAAUCCUGGGAACUGUAGUUCAUUCAGGGUGCUGAGUGUGAUUAGGUUUUUAAAAAUAAAUAAAUUCAAAGAUCUUUAUUGAAACUUAACAUAUAUACAUAAUAACCCAAAUUCCUAAUGAUUCCCUCACAUAAAAUAUAAUAUCUAAAUCACAACAGUUGCAUAAUUAUACACUUAAUUAUAAAACCCACCUCCUACCCUCUAUUUCCCUCCACAGCAAUUUGACUUCUUUAUAUUUCUUUCUACCUUUUCCCCCUUGCAUUCUAUAAUAAAUUAUUUUUGUUAAAUUCUGAUUUUUCCUUCUUUCUUUCUUUGUUUUGUUAUUGCUUACAUUUUUUAUUCUAAGCCUAUUAACAUGUCAUUUUUAGAACAAUAUUUUGACAUAUAAUCUUCGAAAUACUUCCGCUCCAUUCUUAACUUUUGAUUUGAUUGAUAGCUUAUAAUUGAAGUUAAUUUUGCCAAUUCUAUAUACUCAAUUAAUUUACAGAGCCACUCUUCCUUUGUUGGUAUGUCCUGAGAUUUCCAUUUAGUACCCUGGCAGCUGUUGCUGCAUAUAAAAAGAUUGUGGCAUUAGGAGAUCCCGCCCCCAGAACUACGAUUCCCAGAGUUCCCUGGAAAAGAGGGGUCAGCUGUUAAACUGCUCUGGGAGAGGACUAGGGGGUGUCUCUUGGCACCCACAACAAACUACAGUUCCCAGGAUUCCACUUGCCAGUGGUUGGUAGUGAGGAGCGUUACUGCCUCUGGCUGCAAGGGCAGAGCGUAGCCUUGAUGGCUAGCAGCCAUCAGCAUCCCUCUUUUAAAGUUGGCCAUCCCUGUUUCCUGUGGCAGGGAGUUCCACAGUUCAACUAAAGAGGUGCUUUCUUUUGUCUGCCUUUACUCUUCCAAUCUUUAGCUUCUAGUGUCAUGAGGGAUGGAAACUUUAAUGUGCCCACUCUGUCCAUGCCACGUGUACUUUGAUAUUCUAGCAAGUCACCUCUUUCCCCCCCUUUAUACCAGGGGUAGGCAACCUAAGGCCCGGGGGCUGGAUCCGACCCAAUCGCCUUCUAAAUCCGGCCCGCGUACAGUCCGGGAAUCAGUGUGUUUUUACAUGAGUAGAAUGUGCUCUUUUAUUUAAAAUGCAUCUCUGGGUUAUUUGUGGGGCACAGGAAUUCAUUCAUUCCCCCCCCAAAAAAAUAUAGUCUGGCCCCCCACAAGGUCUGAGGGACAGUGGACUGGCCCCCUGCUGAAAAAGUCUGCUGACGCCCAAUACCAAAAAAAGCCCCAAAUGUAUUCUUUCUUUAAUGGGGCAAUUGCUUCUUCCCCUUCAUCAUUUUGAUAGCCUUUUUCUGAACCUUUUUACUCCUCUACAGAAUCUUCUCUUUUUUUGAGGUGCAAACAGUAAUAAUAAUUAAUAAUAAUAAUAAUAAUAUUUAUACCCCGCCCAUGUGGGUGGGUUUCCCCAGCCACUCUGAGCAGCCAAGUGCAGUUGCACUCUAGAUCACAACAUGGUCUCACGAGUCCCCUUAUGCCCAUUUUACAGGUGGGAGAGCAGAAGCUGAGGCACAGGGCUGUUCACCCAGAGAGUCUCUCCCAUUCUAAGCUGCCGUUUCAAAACUGCAAAACUCUUUUUCCUUCUUGCAGGAGGAUCAGAGCUGGCACCGAACUUACCUGGGACUAUAACUACGAAGUUGGCAGCGUGGAGGGCAAGGAACUUCUGUGCUGCUGCGGUGCAAUUGAAUGCCGUGGACGUUUGUUGUAAGGUUUCUUUCUCCCGCUGCCCACCCCGCCCCUUUUUUUAGGCAGGGGGGGCGCAUUUCAUGAAUUUUUUAAAAGAUUUUUUUUUUUUUAAGCCCUUUUCGGUCAGUGGAUCCCCCCCUUACCCACUUCUCACACGUCUCGUUCUCUGUUUGCGGGCUCAUCCAUUUUCGGCGCCGCGUUGUCGGACGUUGUCGAGGGCAUGGUUCUGUGUAUGGUGUUUUGCAGAGGACCCCCCCCUUUCGUCGUCGUAAAGCAAUAAAACCAUGUUUACUCUCGAUUUCAAAAGAUGAUCUGCUCCUGAACCUUUUAUUUUUUUUAAAAAAAGAAAAUAUAACACGGGGCAGAGCAGUGGAGGUUUUUAUGGGGAACGAUCUUGUGCGCUGAUCCAGGGAUUAUUCAGGAUCAGGGCCCGGAUACAGCUCCCGUGGGGCUUUCCAUCUGACUCCUGGAAGGAGGGGAAAGAGCUCUCUGUGUGUUUCUCAAAAGAAAAGCUGGCUUUUCCCAGAGUGCGGUUUAAACGACAGAAAGGUGGUGUUUCAUGCAUCUGCAACCCAUUGUCUCUUUGGCGCAUGGGUGAGUGUGGUUCAAGGCUAGUGGUCCGUGCCCCCUCAGGGGCAGCUGCGGACCAGAUUCCUGCAUUGCAGGGGGUUGGAGUAGUCGAUCCUCGGGAUCCUUUCCCACUCUGCGAUCACCUGGAGAUGCCAGGGGUCGAUGCAGCGAUGGCUCCCUGAACGUGGAUGGCUUUCAACCAUUAAGACAAAUUCAUGGACGAUACGGUCUCUUUCCCUACUGUCGGCAGUAAAAAUGCCUCGGAAUACUCCCAGUUCAGGAGAAGAAAAGGCGAAGGACUAAACCAUGGGUCGGCAAACGAAGGCCCAUAGGCCGGAUCGGGCCCAGUUGCCUUCUGGAUCCGGCCCACGGAUGGUCUAUGAAUCGCCGCAUGGAUUGGCAGUGCACGUGUUCCUUCCCUUCCCCCCCCCCCUUGGCGGCGGCACCUCCUCCCUCCCUCCUCCUGGCUUCUCCCUGCCCUGCCUAGAGAAGGAAGGGGGCUGGGCUUUGUUGGUGCCAGCAGCAGUAGCAGCGCUCGAGCGGCUGCCAUUUUAAGCAGCCCCUCUCCGGAGCCCUUUUGCACGCCGCUCAUCGUCCCCCCGCCGCCGCCAGCCCCUGCCGCUCGCAGGACACAGGCAAGCAGCCACCGGGGCUUGUCCAUAGCUGUCGACGUUUUCCUUUUUUUAAGGGAAAUUCCCUUAUUCCGAAUAGGAUUCCCCACAAGAAAAGGGAAAAGUUUGACAGCUAUGGGCUUGUCCGGUGCUGUGGAGGAGGGGAGAGUCGUGGGGGGGUGCAGCUUAUAGUCCAGCCCCCGACAAGGUCUGAGGGACAAGGGGCCCGGCCCCCUGCUGAAAAAGUUUGCUGACCCCCAGACUAAACCCAACACAAUUGUGGAGUCUCUACAGUUGCUUUGUGUGCCUCCUUCCCGCAAUUCCAGCAACCAAGCUGGUGUCAAAUGUCUUGCUCUGCUUUCUUUUGGACAUCACCGAGGCUGAUUGGGGGGUGUCUUGUCGUCUGGGCGGCCCAGGACCCCGAAGUGCACUGCCCAGGUUUGCAUCCCAGAGAGGUCGCUCUGGUACUGCUAGUGUGGCAGUUUGACUUCACCCCAGAGGCAUACUCCAUUGUCUGUUUAAGACAGACAAAUGCAAACAGCAGCAAUACCAGUUCCAGGGAAUCGCAUGUAGGGGUCGUUUUGCUGCUGUGUUUGGGUCCAGAUCAUGAGCUUCCCAUCAGGGCAUCUGGCUGGCCGCGGGGUGUUGGACUGGAUUGGUCCCUUUGGGCCUGAUCCAGCUGCAGGGCUCGUCUGGUGUUCUUACGGAGCCUCCUGGUCCAGAGGAAGUCGAUCUUGAUUUCUAAGUUAUUAAGGGCGUUUAAUGGGACGCAGGUGGUGCUGUGGGUUAAACCACAGAGCCUAGGACUUGCUGAUCAGAAGGUCGGCAGUUCGAAUCCCGCGACAGGGUGAGCUCCGGUUGCUCAGUCCCAGCUCCUGCCAACCUAGCAGUUCAAAAGCACCUCAAAGUGCAAGUAGAUAAAUAGGUACCACUCCGGCGGGAAGGUAAACGGCGUUUCUGUGCGGGGAGUCCCUUUACCUUUACGUUUAAUGGGACUGGGGUGGGUGGACAAAAGUUGGAUGUAUCCAACUGAAUUUGGUUCACUCCGACAGGAGUAAAUUCUCUCGCUUCUCCCGUCUCACCCCAACUGUUUCCCAGAGCAAUCCCAAAACAAACGGCCACAUGCCCCCUGCAGGGUUGGCGUUAAGAAUUUCCCCACUAACUUAUGCUGGAAGUGUUUGCAAAACACCGUUGUGCCAUUUAAAAAGCACCCUUAGUUGUGUGAACUUUCCCAAAGGUAAUCCAAUCACCAGAAUUUUUUUUUUUAACAGAAAUUUAUUAGUCUUAUUUAGGUUUUAAUAUAUUUUAACUUUUUUUUUCUUUAAAAAAAAAAAGAACACACAUUUUGGUCUGAAGAUAGGUUAAUGGUCCUUUUUUGUAAACCUCCCCCUACCCCCC